AUGGAUCCUGAUGAGUCAAUCCUGAAUAUGAGCUUUCACAUAAGGCAUUCAAGCAAAGUUAUGCAGCAAAUUACCAAUAAAUACAGAAAAGAAAGGCAAACUGAAAAACGACCCAGCAACUCGCAAAAGCAGUAUAUGAAAUUAUUAGUGGAUGUAUGAAAAACGUUGCCUGAUGAAGAAAAGCCGAAUUAUCAAGCACUGUCUGGAAUUAACCAAAAGAAAAAGCCAAAGGACUUUAACUCUUCAUCAAGCCCAAAUAAAACUAUAAGGAAUUGUCCUAAAGAGAACAUAAAUGAACUCAAUAAUGACACUCAUGCAUUUCACAGGUCAAACACUGGUAAAUAA